AUGGGCUCACUACCCGAAGAUAAUCGCGUUGCCCUUGAAGAAAAAAGCGCUGUCCUGGUGCUGGUUGAUCAACUUCUCUUCUUCACGAUUUCGGCUCCGCGCUGCGCAAAGGAUGAGAUGAAAUUCCCUUUUUUUAGUGCGAGUCCCAAAGGCAAAGCUGGCCACGUCGCCGACGCCAUCCCGCUCGUCGAAUCAACAUCUCCAGGCAGAACAGGAAACAGAGCGGUGGGCUCCGACCAUGUCCCUCUUUCUGACUUCGAAUUCGUCAAAUUGCAGGAAGUUGAGCGGAUGUUGGAGGACAGAGAAGGAUGGAAAGACCGUACCGGCAUCGUGUUCGGACACUUCAUGAUGAUGGUAUUGACGGAGCUUAUUUGCUUCAUGCUCUUUCGCAUUUCCGCGGAUAAAUACUGGUGGCGCGAUCAGCCGCCAUCGCCCAACCCCCAGUCUGUCGAAAUCCUGGCCUAUAUUACUCCUCCGACAGCAGCGGUUGUGGCAAUUGUCGGCGUGAUUUGGGUGCUAUCUGGCCUGCACCUCCUGUUCUUCGUCACGCUCGGACUUUAUGUCCUUGUCACGACUGGCAGUGCUUUGUACGCUCUGGUGGUGGUCGGGGUGAGCAGGACCAACUCGGUUUGCAACCACGAUCGGAUCCAAAGCGACUGCGACGAGGCUCUGAAGUCUACUCUGGGCGCUGCUUUACUCAAGGUCUUGUUCGUGCAGUGCGCCGUUUGCCUUGGGCUGGUUGUUGUGGUACGUCUUGCGACUCAGGAAGAGCUUGAAGCUGGUAAAAGCAGAUCGGAAGAGGUGGGCAAGAGAACACCCGGGUAG